AUGAAUAUAUUUAUAUCCACAGGCAGAAUAGUUAAACAUCCUAAAUUAUUAAGGUAUAAACAUAAAACAUUGGUUCGUACAAUGAUAUGUGUACCAAACAAUAAAAAAAAAGCAACUUUUUAUCUUAUCAAUGUUAAUAGUAAAGGAAAAAUUGGAAAUGAUAUUUUUGAUAUAUAUAGAAAAGGUGAUUUUGUUGUAAUAGAAGGAUUAGUAUCAAUUAAAUUUAAAAAAAUUAGCAUGAAUAACAAAUAUAUUAAAAAUAUAAAAUAUAUCAAUAUUAAAAUUAAUAAAAUACAUCCCGCGUCUUUAAUUUUUUAA